AUGUCGUCGCUGUCGCUGUGGUGCCUGAUCCACGCGCUCGAGCUAGGAUUCGAGCUCCUGGAGCGUCCAGCCGGUCCCAACCUCCGCCGCCGCAUUCUUCGUCGCCCCUCACGCGACGCCUCCGCCGCCGCAUUCUUCCCCACCCCCUCCCGUGAUGCCUCCACCCCGUCCACCACGUCCUACCCGUCCUACGACCACCGGUUCCCCACGCUCAUGGACGUCACCCGUCUGGACGGGACCCCGCCUGGGUAGCACUGGCUCCCGGGGUUCUGGGACGGGUCCGACAAGUGGCUCCUCCACUUGGAGGGUGGAAGCUGGUACAGGAACCUGACAUGGUGCACUCAGCGCAAGGAGAAAAAUCUAGGUUCCUCUGACCACAUGGAAACGCGGGCCGAGUUCGUCGGCAUCUUGAGCAACGAUGCUUUGCAGAAUCCAGACUUUUACAAUUGGAAUGAAGUGAAGGUAAGGUAUUGUGAUGAUAGUUUUUUCAUGACUCCAACACGUGCCUACCAGGACGGUGCUCCUGAACCUGGUGGCUACACGACGUACGCCCGUGGCGGCCCAACCCUGGCACGACAGUGGCUCACCUCUGGUGGUUUCCUAGACGGCGGUGGAUGGCUCCCCCACAACCGCGAUGUCAGCCGUGCAUGGCAUCUGCUUCAACAAUCUCAUGAAACUGUUAGCACAAUCGACAUGGGAACAUUCAUGGCUUUUGUAUUAGCUUGA